AUGACUGCAACGAAAGGGUGGGCCUUUGCUCUGGUGGUGAUCUUCUCUGUGCUUCUGUCAUGGAGCAUUCCAAGAGGCGAGUCAGAGAGAGCCUUUAUCUCUUUCUCCUCCCAUGAACCACUGGUCAAAGCGGUUUCUCUGGCUUCUGCUGAUGGAGGCCAAGAUUUCUUCAUGGAGAUGACAGAUUCUGUUGCAAUGAACAUCGAGUACGAUUUCUACCGCGAUACAUGCCCUGAAGCUGAAACCAUUGUAAGUUCUACGAUGGCUCAGAUUUACUCCCAGCACAAGAAUGUCUCUGCUCAGCUUCUUCGCCUCUUUUUCCAUGAUUGCUUCAUUCAGGGUUGCGAUGCUUCAGUCCUCUUGGAUGACAGCAAUGGGAAUAAAAACCAUUCCAUAGAGAAGCAGGCUGUGCCAAAUAAGAGCUUGAAAGGAUUUGAUAAAAUUGAUCAGAUCAAGGAGGUGCUCGAAAAUGUUUGCCCUGGGGUGGUAUCUUGUGCUGACAUACUUGCUCUUGCCACCAGAGAUGGCGUUGUUCUGGCUGGUGGUCCCUUUUAUCCACUUUUCACUGGUAGAAGAGAUAGUGCCCGCUCCUACUAUGAUGAAGCCACGGCUGAGAUUCCAAAACCUGAUGAUAAUAUCACUCAGACACUUCAUCUGUUCUCACUCAGAGGUUUUACUGACAGAGAAACCGUCAGUCUUCUAGGAGGGCACAACAUUGGGAAGAUUGGAUGUGAGUUCAUUCAGUCUCGCCUUAACAACUUCAAGGGGACAGGGAAACCAGACCCAACUGUUUCUCCUAGUUUCCUCAAUGAGAUGAGAGUUUUCUGUGAAGACAAUGGUAACGAGAAGAGUAGCCAAGGAUCGCCCAUGGCAGCUACCAUGGCGUCUCCCAUGGCAUUCCCCACGGCAGGCCCCAUGGCAGCAACCAUGGCAUCAUCCCCAAUGGCAUCAAGGGGUAUGAGUGAGAAGCCUGCGCGGAGGGGGAUGCCAUACUUUCAGCAACUGUCAUCAUUUGUAUCGUCUGGGGCAGGCUUUGACACUCAUUACUACCAGAGCUUGUUGAGAGGCAGAGGACUUCUCUUUGCUGAUCAGCAACUGAUGGCUAAUGAGAGGACAGCCAGAUUGGUGAGAGCUUAUGCUUCAGAUGAUGGAUCAACCUUCCGGAUGGACUUUGCCCGGGCAAUGAUGAAGAUGUCUAACCUUAAUCCACUCACUGGAUCUCAAGGUCAGGUCCGAUUAGAAUGCACUCUAGCUAGCUAG